AUGGCCGGUGAGUGCAAGGAGGCUAGUGUCGCCGGGUCGUUCCUCGCCGUCACCCUCGUGGUGGUGGCCACAUCAUCCAUGCCGGUGGUGAGGGGGGAUGACAAGUCUGCUUGCGUCGGCGAGUACUCCAAGCUCUGCGGCAAGGACCCCGCGUGCACCACCAUGGUCGAGACGACCUGCCGCGAUGAUGCCGACAGCGUCAAGGCCAUCAAGGGCAUGUUCGACGAGCUCGCCAAGGUCGGUGGAGACAACUUUGAUUUCGCUUCUACGGCAUGGCCGUGGGGGCACGCGGCCCUCCGCGCGGCCGUCGACGAGCAUGGGGCCUGCCCCGGCAACAAGACGGUCGGAGAGUUCGCCGGCGAGCACUGCAUCGCGGACCUAGGCGCGGCAUGCAAGGAUCCGAGCUGCACCGACGGUGCUCACAUCGAAUGCGACCGUACGGCCUCGAGGUUCUGCUACAUCAAGGCCACCCCCGCCGACAAGAAUGCCAUACAGCAAAACUUGGAUUGCUUCAAGGGCUGUUGCGAACAGAAGAGCACAGGUGAAGAGUGCCGUAAAGUAUGCAUCGUCAAGAUUCUGCCCGCUUGA